GCCACAAGUCUUUCCGCCUUCCCAGCCUGGAUGGGAGCUGGGGGAUUAUGGGGGCCUGACCAGAAAAUGAAGGUUGUAGGAGCCUAGAGCCCCAAGCAGCCCCUGCCACCUCCCCUACCACCUGCUCAUGCUGACGUCUACCGAGAAGACAAGAAAGAAACCUAUCUGCUCAACAUGCCCAGCACUCUUACCCCCCAGGGGCCCUGAGCUUCCCCCUUCCAGAUGCCUGAUGGGGCUGCAUGCCUGUCUAGAUGUGGCGCUGGGCACUCUCUCUCGCACUCAGGAAAUUUCUUUCUCUGUCCUAUGCCCGAAGCCUGAAGCAUGAGGGCAGCUGAGUGAUCCUGCUGGGUGUGGGAUCCUAAUGCCUCUGGGCUACCUUUCCUAAGAAGCCUGCCCAUCACCACCACCCAAAGAGUUGGGGAGGGGGGAGGGGGGAGGGGGGUGGAGAAAAGGGGAGGAGAGGGAUCUAGAGAGGGACUGAGGGGGUUGGAGGCAUCAUGGCUCAAGUCCUGCCCUGGCUCUUGCUAUGGAUGGGCUCAGGGGUGCUGUGCACCCAGCCAGGAAUCCGGCUCCCCCUGAAGAGUGGCCUUCCCUUGGGUCUCCGGCUGCCUCGGGAGGCCAUCGAGGAACUAGAUGAGCCCAACCACAGAAGCAGUUUCGUAGAGAUGGUGGACAACCUGAGGGGCAAGUCUGGUCAAGGCUACUACGUGGAAAUGACAGUGGGCAGUCCUCCACAGACGCUCAACAUCCUAGUGGACACAGGCAGCAGUAACUUUGCAGUAGGAGCUGCCCCCCACCCUUUCUUACAUCGAUACUACCGGAGACAGCUAUCCAGCACCUAUCGGGACUUACGGAAGGGUGUGUAUGUGCCCUACACCCAAGGCAAGUGGGAGGGCGAGCUGGGCACUGACCUAGUAAGCAUCCCUCAUGGCCCAAAUGUCACCGUACGUGCCAACAUCGCUGCCAUCACUGAGUCUGACAAGUUCUUCAUCAAUGGCUCUAACUGGGAGGGCAUCCUAGGACUGGCCUAUGCUGAGAUUGCCAGGCCUGAUGACAGCCUGGAGCCCUUCUUUGACUCUCUGGUGAAGCAAACACAAGUACCCAACCUCUUCUCCCUACAGCUGUGUGGCACAGGCUUCCCAAACCUCAACCAGUCUGAAGCAAUGGCCUCAGUUGGUGGGAGCAUGAUCAUUGGGGGCAUUGACCAUUCCCUGUAUGUGGGCAGUCUGUGGUACACACCUAUUCGACGAGAGUGGUACUAUGAAGUUGUCAUUGUUCGGGUGGAAAUCAACGGGCAGGACCUGAAAAUGGAUUGUAAGGAGUACAAUUAUGACAAGAGUAUUGUGGACAGUGGCACCACCAACCUGAGACUGCCCAAGAAAGUGUUUGAGGCUGCAGUGAAGUCCAUCAAGACAGCAUCCUCGACAGAGAAAUUCCCAGAUGGCUUCUGGCUAGGGGAGCAGCUGGUGUGCUGGCAAGCCGGCACUACUCCCUGGAACAUCUUUCCAGUCAUCUCACUCUACCUAAUGGGUGAAGUCACUAAUCAGUCCUUCCGAAUCACCAUUCUGCCACAGCAAUACCUAAGGCCAGUGGAGGACAUUGCCACAUCUCAAGAUGACUGCUACAAGUUUGCCAUCUCACAAUCAUCCACGGGCACUGUCAUGGGAGCUGUGAUCAUGGAAGGCUUCUAUGUUGUCUUUGACCGAGCCCACAAAAGAAUUGGCUUUGCUGUCAGUGCCUGCCACGUGCAUGAUGAGUUCCGGACAGCAGCAGUGGAAGGUCCCUUUGUUAUCGCAGACAUGGAGGACUGUGGCUACAACAUUCCGCAGACAGAUGAGUCGACCCUCAUGACCAUAGCCUAUGUCAUGGCUGCCAUCUGUGCUCUCUUCAUGCUUCCACUCUGCCUCAUGGUGUGCCAAUGGCGCUGCCUCCGCUGCCUGCGCCGCCAGCAGGAUGACUUUGCUGAUGACAUCUCUCUGCUCAAGUGAGGGGCCCUCCAAGGCCUCAUAGGCCCUCUAUGGCUGUCUACUCUGGCCACAAGCAGGAGACACGGAGGUAGAACAUGUGACCAGAGCACCUCAGGACCCUUACCCACCAGCCUGCCUAUCUUGACAGGGAGAGAAUCAGAAGAUACUGGCAAGGUGCGUCCCACAGGGAUAAAGUCUUAGAAGGGGGAAGAGGAAAGAAGGAAGCUCUCCAAUGGCAGGAAACCCUUUGGUCACUUCAAACCUCAGCUAGGAAAUUUUCUGCUGCUUGAAACUUCAUCCCUAAAAAUUUCACCACCUCAACCCACAUCCUUCUCUUUUUCUUAUUCCCAGAAUUGGUACCAUCCCCAGGCCUUGCCCUGCCGAUGUCCUGGGAUUAGACAUGGCCCGCCCUGGUUCUCUUCAGCAGGGGCUAAUGUACAAUAGCCCCUUAUUUUUGUGUAGAACCUACAUAAGCAACCCUAAUUUGACUACAGGGGUGAAUUUUUUAAAAUUUGUGACUAGAUCGGGGUAUUUAAGUGAUUUUUAUUGGGGGUGGGGAGAAGGGAGGACAGGCUAUGGUAAAAAGGGCAGACAGAAAGGGAAAAGAGAAGUUGGGGAAAAGCAGUAAAUGGGAAGAACAGUCCCAGUAUUGGGCCUUGCCGUCUACAUAGGCUACCAUCUCACAUAUCUCAAGCAGGAAGACCCCAAUUUGGUAAGGCACUCCACUUGUCAUGAAAGAAACAGACUGGCCCCCACACCAUGGCCACUGAUACUCCCUUUCCUAUUCCUCCUGAUUGAUUUCAAAGUAAACUCAGAAGAAAUCCUUGCAAAAUUUGACCAGAGUCCUCAUCAUUGCCUUCAGGAAAGAGCAACUGGAUUGCAAAUCGAAUUUCCCCCACUGAGGUCCACUUGGCAAAUGACUUUUUUCACUGCCUGGACCCUCUGUUCCCAGAGCACUGCUAAGAUUUCCCAACCUCCUCCAUUCCCCUCCUCCCAUUAUGUCAUGCCCCCAGAGAGAAUAAAUGGAACAAGGCAGAGCUUGGCUGUAUUUCUUGAGCUACCUAAUAAGAGGGUCUCAUCUCUUUCCCUUCCUUCUCACCCCUUUACUGAGACACAAAGCUCCCAGGGAUCCUCUAGAAUUCUGCAGGCUAGGGAGUUAAGUGUAGGGAUGGGGGACUUUCCCCUUAGUCUUUGAAAAGAGAAUCCAGGACUUUCAGCAAGUAUGGAGUUGGGACCUUGGACCUUGAUCUCCUUUGUGUUCAGCUAUAAAUAGGUAUCAAGCAUCUACACCUUCACUAUCCCAGACCUUUCUCACCAUCCUAACAUUUUCCCCUCCUACCCCCAUCACAUUCAGAUGGAUGAAGCAUCUUCCAGUGCCACUGGCAGAGUACUGACAGCUCUCAAAACUCAGUGCUCCCUGGUCCUGUCCUGUUGUUGUCUUUAGCACCAAAGCUGUCCAGAGAGACGAUAGCAGCCUCCUCCUCACAGCUUCAUUUCAUUGUAGGCUUUUUCUUCCCUGAGUGCCAUUCUUUCUCCUGGCUCCUUGGCUCCCCUGCCUAUGUGUUAUAUUGCCACCUAGGGUUGGGCACAGGGGGAACAAGUUCAUCCUUCCACAGCUCAGAGGACCUGCUGUAGUAUUAGCAGGAGAUGAGAAGGAAAAUACAAGUAACCUCCACUCCACCUCAGCCCCCCUCAAAGGAAGCUUUCUCCUCUGCACCACUUUUUUCUAGUUUAACCCAUCCAGUCUAGAUGGGGGCUGCCUGGCUCCUUUUCUGUGGGUGUGGGGUGAGGCAUGGGCAAGGGGAGAAGGGGAGAAAACCCAUGGGGGCUUACUGGAGUUUCCUGUCUCAGCCUGGCUACUCUGUGGACCAGAGCCCCAGUGAGCUCCCCACAAGCCAAAAGCAAAUUCAAUGAGAAUAAGAGACCACAGCUUCUCAUUUCUCCACCCACACUUGCGGUUCCUUUCCUUUCACUGCACCUGGUGCUGCUCUGGCUGAUGGGGAGUACCCUGUACCGCACAGAACUGAUGGCAAGAUCUCAAAAGACUGCUUCCUCCCAGCUUGAGACUUUACUUGGGUGUGUAAAUAAACCUUUGGGAUUACUAGUGUGUAACAAAAAUGCCAAGUUCUGCUUCACAAUCCCUACCCAAGGCUGAGAAAAACUGGUUUUUUCCUAGCUCUUCCCAGGGCAUAAAACCAACAACUUUGGUUAGUUGGUCUUGCAGCCCUCUUGUUAUUUUUUUAAAGAGAAAACUGGUUGUACUUAAUUCUUCUUUUUACAAUUCCCUUCUCCCAUGUUGCCCUACCAACCUUGAACGCUUAAAUGUAAAGAAAAUCCCACUCAGUAUCUGCUUCUUGCUUGUAAGAUAUGUAUGUAUAUAUCUAUUUUUUAAUUCUACCCUCAAAAGCCACUGUCUCAUUUUCAAUCCUGGCCUACUCGGGUUCCACAUUUGUAGGCCAGCAGACAAGAGGAUAGAUGGAACUUUGGUGUUGCUUUAUAACAGUUCUUAAGACAAAAGGGAAAGAACUGAGCAACACUGAGGUCCUGCUUCUCAUACCAACCUCUCCAGAAGCACUUGUCAUCUUGCUAUAGGUUAGGUUAUCCAAGGGCUUUUACUGGGGGAGAGGGGUGUUAACCCCACUACUCUAUACCACACUCUUCAUUGUCUCCACUCCCAUGGCUCUAAAGGCUUUCUGGAGAUAACUAGAAGUUAUUUUGUUCUUACCCAAGUUAACUUCCUAGCCUUUUAGAAAUACUGAGAGGCAUCAAAGGUGGCCCAGAAGCUAUGGGGCUCAGGGGAGGCAGAAAGCUCAAGAAUAAAGAGAAUCACGAAAUGAAGAGAACAAGGAAUUGAUCUCCAAUCCUACCCACCAUAUUUUCUGCCUCAGACAAAGGAGUCAGAGUAAAAAGCCAGUUGUUAAGAAGGUAGACAUCAACAUUAACCAGAGAAAUCUGAAGGAGGUAAAAAUGGAGGACAUGAGCCCUGUGCACUGGAGCAGCCUCCUCACCUCUGAUCCAGUACAAUAGCAGACCAUUUGAAAAAUGCCAAAAGUGACUCAUCCAGGCCAUUUCCUUGACCUGAAAGCCAGACAAUGAAUCUUGGCAAGAGAGACAAGAAAAGGGAAAGGAGAGAGAGGACACCUGGGUGAACAGAUGGGAAGGGAGGUAAGAAAGAUAGCAAACAGUAAAAAUGGGAAAGAUGCAGAUGGAUCUGGAGGAAAAGUCUUCUGCCACCCCUGUCUAAUCAGUAGAGAGUGAUUACUACGAGGCUCCAGCAAAAUAAAAUAUAGCCACUCAUACUGACCCAAGUAAUGGUGUCAGUAACUGGUGACUUUCAUACGGGAUCAGACACUUGAGAGUUGGUGUUUGGUUUUCACCUGGAUGGAUCCCAUUAGGGAAAGAUCUAGCAUUAUAUAUCCCGUCAGAAUGGGAACUCAAUGGCUUACGGUAAGAUUCAGAGAUCUAACAGAGGUAUGAUUUUUCCCAAUAUGGAAUUAGAAAAAACCCAGAAGAGACCAAAGGGCAAGGUGUAGUACUGGCCAGCACAUGGAUGGCUAAAUGUAAAAUGCAACCUGGAAUCUAAAAUCCAUGACAUGAAGAGGUUUAGUUUCUGGUGGCCUCCCUUCCUCAUCCUACUCUGGUCUCCAUUUUCCCCAAUUACAGAGAACAUAUGCCCCCAGUAGCACUCUUGUUUCAAAGAUUAUAAAAACCACCCCAAGAUAAUUCUGUAGGUGAAUUUGCACACAGAUCUCCUCACCCCAGUGCCUACUCAGAGCUCACCCAAGGACACCAAACAACUUGGUUGUGAACCAACUGCCUUAACCUUAAGGGGGGGAGGGGGGAGGGCUAUAAAUCUGGGAGACCAGAAGCAAAGGAGAAGGUGAGGACUUUACAAAGUUGGUCUGUCAGAGAUAGGGCACAGCCUAAGUCAAGGGGGCAAGGCAUAGGAGAAACCUAUAGGUUGUGCUAACCUCUGCACAGACACCUGUACCCAGGAAGUAGGGUGGCAAGGGGAAUAGGGGGAUUUGACUGAUGUUGUUAUUCUCAGACUGUGAAUUCAAUUCUGCUGAUGUAAACUGCAAUAUUCUGUAAACCUAAUGUCUACGUAAAAAUAAUGAUCGUUAACACAGUAAAUUAUUCGAUCUAAAGUCAAA